GACCUUCCCGUCGAAGCUCUCGCGCCGCCACUAGACCGGCGGGUCCAGCACCGAUAACUGCCACGUGGUGUGAUCUGAUUGGUGAUAAUGCAGAGACGUAGAUUGCCACGUUGAAUGGUUGGUUUGGUUUAGAGAGAAGUGAAGGUUGUUAUUAUCAAACUUGUGUCAUUGUAUCUCUUCUUCUCCACCGACACAGACACAGUGAAACAGCAAUCAAUAUGAGCAAUCAUCAAACUGUGUUGAGGCAAUUGGAGCCAUGGUGUGAGCUUAAUGGUAAAGUGGUUCUUGUGACAGGAGCUUCGUCUGGUAUAGGGAGAGAGAUCUGUAUUGAUCUUGGCAAAGCUGGUUGUAAGAUUAUUGCAGCGGCUCGUCGUGUUGAUCGUCUCGAUUCUCUCUGUUUUGAAAUCAACAGCUUUGGUUUAACUGGAAUUCAAGCCGCAGCUCUUGAGUUAGAUGUUUCAUCAGACGCAGACACUAUUCGAAAAGUGGUUAAAGAAGCUUGGGAAAUCUUUGGAAAGAUAGAUGUUUUGAUUAACAAUGCUGGAAUCAGAGGCAAUGUCAAGUCGAGUUUGGAUUUGUCAGAAGAAGAAUGGGAUAAAGUCUUUAGAACCAACUUAACUGGAUCUUGGUUAGUAUCUAAAUUCGUCGGUGUUUUGAUGCGUGACGCUAAACGUGGUGGUUCGGUGAUAAACAUCUCGUCGAUCUCUGGGCUUCACCGUGGUUUACGGCCAGGUUGUCUUGCGUAUGCUUGUUCCAAAGGCGGUGUUGACACCAUGACGAGGAUGAUGGCUAUUGAGUUAGGUGUUUAUAAGAUCAGAGUGAACUCGAUCGCACCGGGGCUUUUCAGGUCAGAUAUUACUCAAGGUCUUAUGCAGAAAGAAUGGCUCAAGAAAGUUACCGAACGAACUGUACCGUUAAAGAUGCAACAGACCGUGGAUCCAGGGCUUACAUCUCUCGUGCGUUAUCUCAUUCAUGAUUCUUCUCAAUAUGUCACUGGGAAUACUUACAUUGUCGAUUCUGGAGCUACAUUGCCCGGUGUGCCCAUCUUUUCUUCUCUCUGAAAAAUCAUAAUCAAAAUCUUGUGUGUUUGUACACUGUGAUAAGAAUGAAGUCUUUUCCAACAAAUGGUAGUAUUGACAUUAACAUGAAA